UCAACGAUAACGACAAUGGCAAGAUCGACAAAUCGUCGCGGAUUUAAUGAACUGCUGUUCCUUUUACUUAGUCUUUGGGCGAGUUGCCAGGCAAGUCGUCCUGCUAAUAAAGGUCUCGAUACCCUUCUGGCGAAUCAGAUCCUUAGUUAUGUGAACGAAAGUAUUUCCGCGUGCGAUGAUUAUUAUAAAUAUGCGUGUGGCAAUUGGGGAAAAAAGCAUGAGAGUGAGGACUUUUAUGAAAUUACUGGACUGAUCGAUCAGAAGGUGAAUGAGAACAUUGUGACGCUAAUGGAUGAGCUGGAGAAGCGUUCGCUUCAGCCCAACACUGUGGAGGCAAAAGCCUUGAGAGUCUACCAAACCUGCCGACGGCCAAUAAAUGGAUCGCGAUUGAGUAAACACUAUGUGGAGCUAGUGCCGCCAAAUGAUCAGAUCUCCUGGCCACAGUUUACAACCAAACCUGAUCUCUGGGCGAGCCACAAGUUUAAAUGGAUGGAGACAUUGGCGCGAUUGCGACGAUAUGGCAUGACAAAUGUGUUCUUUCAGCUGGAAGUAAUGCCACACUUGUUUAACAGCAGCCAAUUCAUAAUAAUUAUCGACAAUCCGAGCUUCGAGCAGGAGAAACUACGGCUCAAGUCACUGAGGAUUACCAAUAUGAGUCUUCGGUUACUUGGCGUGGACAGACGCAGGAUGCUGCGUCUUGCGGUCAAGGUCAAAACAUUGGAGACCUCGAUAAUCGAUCUGGCCACAGCGAAUGAGGACGAAGAGAAUUACGAAGACAUAAGUCUGCGUCAACUGGAGGAUACGACCCGAGGCAAAUGGCGAAAGUUUUUGAAUAUUGUUCGAGAUCGUAGAUUAGCUGCCGACUACAAAGUGAAAGUGAAUAAUAUAGAGUAUCUCACUCGUCUGAUCGAUCUGCUCGAUAACUAUGAUCGUGAGGUGCUUGCCACCUACAUAAUGCUUCACUUUGUGAUGCACGUACAGGAUGAGUCGAUGGAAAGUGAUGAGCCCAUCGCCUGUGCUCAGGAAGUGCGACGCAACAUGGAACUAGCUGCAAAUCUGUUCUACGAGGAGCGUUUCAUUGAUCCGGACAAGCUGAGACUGCUUCAGGCCGAUGUAGAGGAUCUUUUUGGUCAUCUGCGUAAACAGUUUCUGCUCAAACUUGACACGAAUUAUCUGCACUUGUAUCCAAGUCAAAUUGACAUGCUCAGACUAAAGAUGGAUAAGAUGACAUUCAACAUUGGCAACAUUCCACAGAAUGUGAAUCGUUCUCAAUUUGUGGCACAAUUCUAUGCGGACUUGCAACUGUCGGAGGAACAGGACUAUGCACGGAUUCAUCUGCAACUUCUCGAGUUUCGCACAAGUCGCUGGUUUGGCCAGCUGGAGAAGCCAGCUUCGAAUUCGAGCGACUUCUUCUUCAUUUCCGACUCGAAUUCGGCCAUGAGCUCGACUCCAUAUUACAUGCUGCGCCAGAAUCUCAUCAUUAUACCUUAUGGGAUUCUGCAAGAGCCCAUCUUCCAUCAAGAUACCCAUGAUAUCUUCAAGAUCAGUCUGCUGGGCUUUCUGCUAAGUCACGAGUUAAUGCAUGGCUUCGUCUCGGGCGGCCUAGUCUUCGACUUCCAAGGAAAUGGCUACGAUUCAGGCGCUGAACUCAGCGAGCUAGAUCGUUACUCAGAUGCCCUGAGAUGUCUCAAUCGCAAUGAAACCGAUUAUAUAGUUGAACGUGAGGCGGACAUUGCUGGCAUACGAUUGGCUUAUGAUGUCUACUUUGGUCCCGGCUCAACUUUUAGUCAAACGCAGCCCAGUUUUACGAGCGUACCGCUCAAGCAGUUCUUCUUCCUGAAUUUGGCGCAGUUCUUCUGCGGAGAUGCGCCAGAGAACGCGUUUGAGGAACAUGAUGACGAUGAGAUGCGUCUCAGGCAGGUGCUUAUCAACUUUCCAGCCUUUGCCGAUGCCUAUAAUUGUCGCAAGGAUCUGGAUAAUAUGCAUCCUUCUAAAAAGUGUCGACUGUGGUAAUUAAAUUGAUAAAUGUUUCUAGUCUGAACUCUAGAUUGUGAAGAAUGUAAAAUGCUAAUAAAUAAUUCUUAUCAUUUA